CGAGCACGAACACCCACCCUCCUUCGGUUGUCCAUGUGCCGACGAAGCGGCAGCCGGAGACGAUGCAACAAAUAUAAGAACCGAAGCUCUUGGCGGCAGCGAAAACAUUUCUAACGGAAAACUCCUGGCGUGUGGACGUGCUUGGACGUGUCGUCGUGGCCUCUGAUUUUUUGUCGCGUCUUUGGCCUGCUCUGCUCUGUGUUUUUCGUGCAUUGUAUUGUUCAGCUUCGAUUCGCGUAUUAUUCUUUUCGCCGAGAGUGCCGCGUGCGACCAUACGACCACUUAGUAGUCCAUUCGCGCAAAUAAAAGAAAACGAAAAUCGGGCAAAACAAAAGAUAUAUUCGCCUCGCCCCGCCUCCAACCCAUUCGUCUUGUUUGCCAAAUUACGGGCAUAGUUCUUAUUGUAUUGUGAAGCAACCUUGAAAUUUUCUACGCACACAACAAAAACAACACAAAAAAAAAGAUAUUCAGUGACGCUUUUUGGACAAUUGCAAUGUGACUUUCGGAGUGUGAACGCAGUUUUGUUGCCCCAAAAAGAGAAUCGGAAGAAGCAUCAAAUCGUGUUGAAUAUACCCCCCGGAAAGAAUACCGAACGAGGAUUACGGAUAACUGAUCGAAAAAGGAAACAAGCAGCACAGAAAUGGGCACUAUCGAGAAACGUUCAUUUUCCUUCCGCCUGCGCCGCUCGUUUGGCGACGGAGGCAGCACCAACAGUCGCAACAGCAACAACAACAGCAGCACCUGCACCAAUCACAACAACCAGAAGAGGUGCAGCACGCCGCUGACACCCACCAGCACCAGCACGGGCCGCCUGGAGGUGCCCGGGGCGGCGUCGGUGAGCCGUAGGAGCAGCAUCUACAAGAAGCCGGACAAGAACGACGGCGGACAGAUCCACUUGAUACCGGACGUGGAGCUGCCGCUGAUGACGUUCGCGGACCAGUACAACAUUGAGAAGACCCUGGCGGAGGGAUGCUUCGCCAAGAUACUGCUGUGCCGGCACAGGCCCACCAACACUCUGGUGGCCCUGAAGGCAGUGCACGCGGAGCUGACCACGAUCAAGGAGUUCCAGAAGGAGUUCCACUACAACUACGAGCUGUCGCACCACCACCACAUCCUGAGCGCCUACGCGGUGGCCUUCCAGACGAUGGACUACUAUGUGUUCGCGAUGGAGCACGCCCCGUACGGAGACCUGGCCUCGAACAUCGGACCCAACGGCCUGCACGAGAACGCCUGCAAGCUGAUCUCCGAGCAGCUGAGCUCGGCCCUGGGCUUCAUGCACUCGAAGAACCUGGUGCAUCGCGACCUGAAGAUUGAGAAUAUCCUGGUGUUCACGCCGGACUUUACCAGGGUGAAGCUGUGCGACUUUGGGGCGACCACCAAGAAGGGCCUGCUGGUGCACAAGGUGAAGCACACGUGGACCAGCUGUGUGCCGCCCGAGCAGCUGGAGCUGAUCAAGAACGAGCGCUUCCAGUGCCUGCCCAUCAGCGAUUCCUGGCAGUUCGGCAUCCUGCUGUACAACAUCCUCACCGGCAAUCCGCCCUGGCAGUCGGCCGACUGGGUCAAGGACCAGUCGUACGCCAACUUCAUGAAGUACGAGCAGCGCAAGACGACCAAAGUGCCGGACAGUUUCCGGCGAUUCUCGCCCCGCCUGAUGCGCUGCUUCCGCAAGUAUCUCAGCCACGAUCCGGAGGACCGCUGCAAGAUCACCGAGGUGACCAAGUACAUGAAGGACCGCUGGGUGGAGUGCCGCAUCUCCACCUCCAAGUCGGCCACCCUCAUCUCGCCCACGCACCACGACCAGGACUCGUGCAUCUACCUGAACCAGCGCGAGGGCCGCCUCUCGGGCGACGAGAACAAGCUCCGGUUCAAGCGCAUGAUGUCCAGCUACGGCCUGGACAUACCCAUCGAUCCGGUGAUGGUGCGACGGCGCGUCUGGGACUGGCUGUCCACCUGCGAUGCCAGCUUCGAUCCCGAGGUCGAGAGCUUGCACGGCCUGGACAUGAUGCAUUAGAGGGCAGCGAGUGCCCUCUUAUAAAAUAUCAUCCUCUGCGGAACUGUUUGAAUUUGUAGAUCUAUGAGAUCAAAUAUUAUAUUAAUGUUAGCGAAAUUUGCUAUGCUAUAGGUAUUUAGGAAUUUAGUAAGAAUUUGUACCGUUAAGAGACCCCUCCCCCCCCCUCCCCCCUACCAGAAACCACUUGGAGAAAACACACGUCAACGGAUUCCACUAGUGUUACCUUUCUAGUCUUCCGCCGUAAUGAUUUUUUCGAUAUAUUCUACAUGUCUAUAUUGUAUAUACUAUAUCUAAUAUAUAAUGUGUGAUUUACGCGUUACUUACUUUAAACGAUAUACCAUACGAUACGAUACAUAUACGGUACGAUACGCUACCAACUAAUGCAAUUAUCUAGAUCUAGAAUUUAUAUAUAGCGUUUACCCGAUAUAUUUGUAGAGAGAAAAUGAAAGUGGAUGAUGACCAAUUACUAGACAUCUAAGUUUCGUU